CUGAGCGGGUGCGCAGGCGGCUUCCGGUGUGGGUGACGAGUAGUGGCCGAAGCAGGGGGACAUCUAGGGACGUUCAAGCAGGGACCAUGGCGGACGGCGGCUCGGAGCGGGCUGAUGGGCGCAUCGUCAAGAUGGAGGUGGACUACAGCGCCACGGUGGAUCAGCGACUGCCGGAGUGCGAGAAGCUGGCCAAGGAAGGAAGACUUCAAGAAGUCAUUGAAACCCUUCUCUCUUUGGAGAAACAGACCCGCACUGCUUCUGAUAUGGUGUCUACAUCCCGCAUCUUAGUUGCAGUAGUGAAGAUGUGCUAUGAGGCUAAAGAAUGGGAUUUACUUAAUGAAAAUAUUAUGCUUUUGUCAAAAAGACGGAGUCAGUUAAAACAAGCUGUUGCAAAAAUGGUUCAACAGUGUUGUACUUAUGUUGAGGAAAUCACAGACCUUCCAAUCAAACUUCGAUUAAUUGAUACUCUACGAAUGGUUACAGAAGGAAAGAUUUAUGUUGAAAUUGAGCGUGCUCGACUGACAAAAACAUUAGCAACUAUUAAAGAACAAAACGGUGAUGUGAAGGAGGCAGCCUCCAUUUUACAGGAGUUACAGGUGGAAACCUACGGGUCAAUGGAAAAGAAGGAGAGAGUGGAGUUUAUUUUGGAGCAAAUGAGGCUCUGCCUAGCUGUGAAGGAUUACAUUCGCACACAAAUCAUCAGCAAGAAAAUUAACACCAAAUUUUUCCAGGAAGAAAAUACAGAGAAAUUAAAGUUGAAAUAUUAUAAUUUAAUGAUUCAGCUGGAUCAGCAUGAGGGGUCCUAUUUGUCUAUUUGUAAGCACUACAGAGCAAUAUAUGAUACUCCUUGUAUACAGGCAGAAAGCGAAAAGUGGCAACAGGCUCUGAAAAGUGUUGUCCUCUAUGUGAUCUUGGCUCCUUUUGACAACGAACAGUCAGAUUUGGUUCACCGAAUAAGUGGUGACAAGAAGUUAGAAGAAAUUCCUAAAUACAAGGAUCUUUUAAAACUUUUUACCACAAUGGAGCUGAUGCGUUGGUCCACACUUGUUGAAGACUACGGAAUGGAAUUAAGAAAAGGAUCUCUUGAGAGUCCGGCAACUGAUGUUUUUGGUUCUACAGAGGAAGGUGAAAGAAGGUGGAAAGACUUGAAGAACAGAGUUGUUGAACAUAAUAUUAGAAUAAUGGCCAAGUAUUACACGAGGAUAACAAUGAAGAGGAUGGCUCAGCUUCUUGAUCUGUCUGUUGAUGAGUCAGAAGCUUUUCUUUCGAAUCUAGUAGUUAACAAGACCAUCUUUGCCAAAGUAGACAGGUUGGCAGGAAUUAUCAACUUCCAGAGACCCAAGGAUCCAAAUAAUUUAUUAAAUGACUGGUCUCAGAAACUGAACUCACUGAUGUCUCUGGUUAACAAAACUACACACCUCAUAGCCAAAGAGGAGAUGAUACAUAAUCUACAAUAAGGGUCUCAGUGCCCCUAGUGCUUUUAGAAAAGUUAAAAGUGGAAGUCAUUUAAAAAAAAAAAAAAAAAAAAGGACUGUUAUGGUGUAUAUGUUGGGGUUUUUGUUUUUUGUUUUGUUUUUCUAUUCUCAGCUCCUUUGUCUAAAAUGUAAAAGAUAGUGAAUAUGUUUAAGACCCCUUUUGACCUUUCAGUUCCCUGAUUUUAUCAUUAACUCUGCAUUUGCAAUUGGUGCAAAAAAAAAAAAAAAAAGACAUUUCUAUUGUCUGUGUACUCAAAAAAUUGUGUCAUAACUUACCCAAGUGUGUUUUUCUGUCAUUUGAAAACUUUUUAGCUAUUAUUUGUUCUCAUUCAGCUAACAACCAUAAUUAUAAUAACAAAAGCAGUGUAUGCACAUUGACUUUCUAUAGUUACCUGUGUUUCUGAACAUUUUGUGGGAUAGUGAUUUAAGUAUUUUUUAAAUAAAAGAAAUUCUCUUGUAAA